CGCGAAGCUCUUUGAAUACUUCUUUAGUCGUCGUAUGGCAUUUCAUAGGAGGAUGAGUGGUGCUGGUGAACAGACAACAGAGUGUGUGUCAUUCGUGCUGCGAAACCUUAUCAUCAGAAUAAGAACAAUCAGCCAGACAUCUUACUUUUUUAUUUUUUUGUUUUAGUUUUGUUGGAUUUAUUUUUUGUUUCUUAAAUUGAAAUUUUGAGUUUUCCGUUUUGCCUUUGUUAAUUGGUUUGGUUUUGUUUAAACUUUAACUACUACCUCUGUACAUAAAAAAAAAACAAAACUUUGGAGUAAAAUUGAACUUGUGGUAUGUUAGAAUCAUUCAAAUGUGACAAGAGUUUUUGUUGUUUUUUUUUGUGUGUCGGAAAUCGAUUUAUUAAUCAUAAUCUCGUGGGUGCACACCACACAUAAUAAAAAAAGAAACAUCUUCAGAUAUUGUUGUGAAAUAUUGGGAUAUCUCAUAUCUGUGAAUGAGUUAAUUGUCCUAUUAUUACCGAAAAUAAUUUAAACAAAAAUCUUAAGUACACUAAACCAGAAAGUUGACUUAAAACAUCUAAUUGCAAAUUCCUCAUGUCUAGGGAUUAAAAGACUUAGGACAAGAAGGACCAUAAUGCUUUUGAAUGAAGUCUAUGUGAAGUGGUACCAUGACAAAAAAACAAAAGAACAAUAUUUUGGAAACAAAGACUUUUUCACUAUCAUCCUGGAAAAAAUAGAUAGUUGACGCAUAAGCUACUUAAAAAUAAGAAAGAAAAAACAACAUUUGCUAGCUGCACGCCGGUUUCAGUAAACGAGGAUAGAGAAAAUAUAAUCUUAUUGUUUUUUUAUGUGUGACAGAUUAAAAAAGACAAAUCGUGUGUAAUAAAAAUCACCAAUCCAUAAUGUACUCCCCUGAAGAUGGUCUUAUUCAUCAGCGAAAAACUAAUUUCUGCUAUGCACUUGGUGCUAAAGUUCCAUCUCGAAUGGUUCUUUAUUUUUUGUCAUGGUCAGGAUUUCUUGUUUCGUUCAUGAUGCGAAAUGAUAUCAAUUUCGCACUCGUAGCAAUGGUUAGAGCAAAUGAUACUUCAAUAACAACAACGACAGCAACAACUGUACUUAAUGAUGUCACAACACAAUAUUUACUUAAUAAUUAUACACAACAAGCGUACACACAAAAUAAUUUAAGUAACAAUUAUUCUAAUUCCAACUUUAAUUCAAAUUCCAAAUCCUUAAAUUUUCAUUUUAAUAAUAUAAGUAUAUAUAAAUCAAGUACAAAUGAAAGCAGUUCCGUCAAUAAUUUCACUAACAUCGAUUGGAUCGAUGAGAAAUUUAAAAAUAAGAAAAAUAUUACUUAUCAUCAGUAUGACUGGGAUUCAGCGACGAAAGGGGCGAUUUUGGGUUCAUUUUACUGGUGUUAUGUUCUAUCACAAGUGGCAGGUGGUAUUGCAACCCAAUAUUUUGGAACAAAAAAAGUAUUCGGUUGGUCACAAUUUGCUACAGGCUGCUGCAGUUUCCUAAUACCAUACGCUGCCGAUCUUCAUUACAUUGCCGUAGUAAUUUUACGUUCAAUACAAGGGUUCGCCUCAGGGCUAACAUGGCCAGCUAUGUAUGCAUUGGUUGGAUUUUGGAUUCCCUUGGCAGAACGCAGUCGAUUCAUGUCUAGUUUUCAAGGAUUCAGCAUUGGCAUUGGCCUAACGUAUCCAUUGUGCGGUUUUAUAAUAGAUCAUUUUGGCUGGCCAUAUGUAUUCUAUACAACCGGUAGUCUGGCAAUGUUGUGGUGCAUAAUGUGGUAUUUACUCGCUUUCAAUAGUCCUAAAGAACAUCCCCGAAUUUCGUCCAGCGAACUCGAAUAUAUUGAACUGAAUGUGAGUCGUGAAGUCAAAGAAUCUCAAGGCAUGAGAGUUCCAUGGAAGAGCAUAUUUACAUCGUUGCCAGUUUGGGCAAUAGGUAUAACAACGUUCGGACGGAUAUGGGUGCACUAUCAAUUUAUAUUGUCGGGACCGAUUUUUAUGAAACAAAUAUUGGGUUUGCGUUACCAAUCGAACGGAUUGCUUUCUGGUACGCCGUUUUUAUGCUCCUACGUGUCGUCGGUUUUCUUUUGUUAUGCUGCUGAUAAGCUUGUGUGCAACCAAAUAAUGAGUUUAACAAAUGUUCGUAAGCUAUUCACUGCUGCUUCGCAAAUCAUUCCAGGAGUUCUAUUACUUGUAAUUGGUUACGCUGAUAAUAUAAUACUUGUUCUGGUUGUAUGGUUCAUAGCUGUUACAUUUGUGACAGCAUCUUAUGCUGGUGCAAUGGCUAGUAUUGUAGAUAUAGCACCUAAUUUAGCUGGGCCGGUAUUGGCUUUUGCACAAACUAUACAUAUGUCUGCUUCGUUUUUAUCGCCUGUUAUAACUGGACUUAUUGUUGUUCAUGAGGAAUCAAUAGAUGAGUGGCGCCAGGUAUUCUGGGUUUCAUGUAUAAUAGCAAUUUGUACUUAUUUCAUGUUCCAAAUCUAUGGCACUGCCGAUGUUCAGUCCUGGAAUCAUUUACGUAAAAAGAGUGGCUCGUCUGAGGAAGAAAGUGAUAAACUGAAAAAAACUGAAAGUGGUUCCAAAGAAAGUGAAUAAUAUUAAUUCCAUGCCUAAAAAUAUAUAUAUAUAUAUAAAUAUACAGAUCUAUAAAAUGUUUCUUACAAAAAAAUUGUUACAUUCAAUUACCAUUUUAUUACAAAUAUUCUAAUAAAGUUUUUUUAUGUGUAGGUAUAUAAUUUCGAUGUUAAAGAAAAAAAGCAAAACAAAAAAUACUAAUAUCUUUAGGUAUAUGUUAUACACAAGAUGAAAAAAAAAAUAAAUAAUGAUUAUUGUUCA